GGCAGGGGGAGGGAGCGCCUGGCCAGGCUGGCCUGCCUGCCGAGAUGGAUGACAGUAAGGUGAUUGGAGGCAAAGUAAAGAAGCCUGGCAAACGUGGUCGGAAGCCAGCCAAAAUUGACUUGAAGGCAAAACUUGAGAGGAGCCGGCAGAGUGCAAGAGAAUGCCGGGCCAGAAAGAAACUGAGGUAUCAGUAUUUGGAAGAAUUGGUAUCCAGUCGGGAAAGAGCCAUAUGUGCCCUCAGAGAGGAACUGGAAAUGUACAAGCAGUGGUGCAUGGCAAUGGACCAAGGAAAAAUCCCUUCUGAAAUAAAGGCCCUACUGACUGGAGAAGAGCAGAGCAAAUCCCAGCAGAACUCAGCCCGGCACAUGAAGGCUGGGAAGACAGACGCUAACAGCAAUUCCUGUGAGUACAGUACCUGGAGAGUUUCUGUGUACGUAGAGGAGGGUCUUAAGGGUGAAGAUCAUAUAAAAUGUUGAGUCAGUGAUUGAAGUCAAUAUCCUGAUUCCUAUGAAGGAUGAAUAGACAAGAUUGUAUUACUACCUACUGCUCCACAGUCAUCUCUGUAAAUCUGCAGUUUCUACCAAAUGUGUGAUCCUGGAUCUCAAAGGAUUUUGCUUUAACUUUUAACACUUAGAAAAAUGUACAAACAUUCUGGUUGGUAUUGCCACCCAUGGCAUUUAAUAUGUUGUAAUGCUUGAAAACACAGGAGUAGAGAAAAAUGGGUAAAGAUUGUAUUUUUGCACCUUAACUCCACAUUGCUUUAUUGGUUAAUUUAUAUUCUUUCCAUGUAAUUGUAUGUGUAUAUGUGUUUAGGUGUCACCUCCUUUCAUGUUUUUGAUUGCCCUGCAAAGAGAAACCAAAUGGGCUGAUGACUAAGUUCUUAGCCUUAAGGACCUAAUUUUAUUUCUUUAUAUGUACUUGAGUAACGUCUAUUUUCUGCAUGAACCAAGAUUUCUCCUGUGAGCCAUUCCAGCAUAAGCUGUGAAUCUGUAUUAACCAAUAUAUACAUUUCUAUUUUUAUAAUCCAUAAUGAUAUGCCUGUUUUAAAUAAUGUACAUGUUAACAGCGUCCAUCAGGAAAGCCCUCAAGACAGCCUCUGUUUAAAACUUUUGUUGCUGUCUUUGCUAGGGCCUAAUCCAUACUUGGAGAAUAAUUAUUCAAAUCUUAUUUUUAAACAAGAAAUAACCUUUUAGGCAUUUCAGAAGCAUACAUCAUCUUGACAAUCCAGGGUGUAUACGUAUGUAUGUGUUUCUAUUGUAUGUCUAUUGUAUGUGUAUGUGGGGAGGGCAGGAGUGAAUGUUCACACAUAUUUCCUUGUGUAGUCAACUAACUUGGAAAAUUUUCCUAAAGAGAAUAGAUUAAAAUUAGCUGCUGAGAUUGAGUUUCUGCCUCAAGAGAUCUGGAACAAAAUGAGGGACAAACUGCUGAUAGACCUAAUGGCUGUAGCCAUAACCAAAACACUUACUCUGUUCCUUGACAUGAGUUUCCUUAUGAAUGUGUUCUGAGCCAGAAUGAAACACACUGUAGGUGUGCAUCUGGUUCAGGCCCGGCUACGCCUCCACGCUGGAGUGAAACACUGGAGCUAGAGUUAUGCGCAGCACCACACUAGGAGGUGCACAAGGGCAGAGCAGUCCUUUCCAGUUCCCAUCAAAGCGACAUUCACUUCUCCCUGGCCACCAAUGGAGGGAUGGUUGAGGAAUCCAGCUCAUACUAUGAUACACUCAAAUAGACCUAGGGAUCUUCUGAUUUUCCCCCAUUGAGAGUCUCUCUCUUCUCUUUCCCAUAGUUAAAUCAGGAGUUGUGUGCCCUGUUGCUGCUAAAUUAUAAUUGUCCUUGGCUCUAAUGAAGCAAAUAUUUGGCUUCCAAACAAAAUAUGUUUUGUUAUGAAAUGGUCUAUGAGGAGGAACAUGAGAUAGACCACACAGUUUCCGAUAACAAGGUACUUCCCCCACCCCUUCUCUUAGGCUAUGCAUUUGAAUAAAGUGCCUCCCCUUAGCUGAGUUCCUAAAGAUCUCUUGUGCUUAGGUUGCAAACUCAGAUCUCUAGUCCAGUCCUGUGCGACUACUGAUAUACCACUAGCCCAGACUGUUGGGUCUCUCUAUGUUUUGGUGGUCAGGGGGGUUUAAGAGUAUUUAAUGUCUUUUUAGGAUCACAAAUAUAGAUAAAGGAUUGUUAAUAUUCAGGCUUUCAGAAUUUAAGUGUUUUUAAAUAUAGUGUUCAGGUUGUAAUGGGUCUGUUUUGCCAUAUGGUCUACUCAAAUGUAUAUUUUUUAUUUUGCAAAACAACCCAAGCAAGAUGUACUUAUUCUGUUACUUUGUUUAGUACCUUUCGAAUUCCCCAGAAGAGUUGUUUUCAAAGCAAACAUUCCAAAAUGGAUGUGGCUCUUCAAUGGAAUGUCUCCAUUGUGCUUGAAGUAUUUCUUCUCUGGUUGCAGUUUUAAAUUACAGGGUCAUUUAUCUGAGCUAUAUCUCCCCCAAAUACCCCCCGCCCCAAGCCCCAGUACCUUUACAAGAGCAGUGACUCUGUCCUCAGGUCAGGUAGAAGAUGUAUAAUUUGGGGUUAAAAGUAAAUUACAAUUUAUUUGAGUUUAUUCCUAAACCUAUCUAUUGGGUCUUUUGGAGUAGAUCAAAACCAAGAGAAAGUUCCUUGGUUUUAAAAAGGAAUGUUUGAUUGCUUUGGGAAUUGUGCUCGCUGCACGCUUUGGCCACUUGAAGCAUGUCAAUAAAUGUCACUGAUUAAAACAGCUGGAGCAUUUCUUUCCCCAUUUCAGUUAGGGAGCAGCACACUGACACCUAGCAUCUCCCAUGUACCUGUAAUGACAGGGCCGAGGGGGCACAGCGAAGGGUGAGGAUCAGUGAGCUCCGUCCCUCUGGAUCAGUGCUGUUCUCCUCGCUCUCUGAGUCAGAGGGAUGUUCUCUUUUUCUUUUUUACCCACAGAAAGGAAGUUAAGGGGGGAAAUAUGUUUGUAUAUUUAGACCAGUCAUAAUCUGUCACUAAUUUAGCAUAGACCUGCCAUAUAAUACGGUGACUGAAUAUAAUACAGAAUAAGUCUGACCAGGUCAAGUUUUAAGAUAUGGUUGAAGUUCUUAAAUUUUUUUUCUAUUUUAUCUAAAAUAUUUCUGUUGUAUUUAAAUCAGAAUCUAUCUUAUUGCAGCAAAUUCAUAUCACAGUUUACCAGCUAAUUGGCAGUAUUUAUCAGCUUUACCAUUUAGCAUUUUCUUUUAUCAUCUUUGAGUUAUGAUAGACUUGAUUUGGCUUAUUACAAAAAGUGUAGGUUUAAACUGGACUUGCCUUUAGUUAAAAUAAAGGGAAACAUAAAUGCUAUAUUUCACAAUAAAUCAGUUGCUUAUUGUUAAUUACAUAUUUAGUUUUAAGGGAGAGGAAGAUUACUGUUAAACCACAUGCUAUUUGGGGGCAUUGAAGGGAUUUUUCUUUCUCUGAAGAGCAUUGUACAAUUAUAUUUUUAUGAAAAAUAAAAUAUCUUCACCAGAGAUA